AAUCGGCGAAGCGGCGGAGGUAGUACUAAGUGAUGGGGACACUGAGGGUGGCCCGGCGGCGAGGCCCCGCAGUGGCGGUGCGUGCGGCGCUGGGCUCCUGGGCUCAGGUCUCUGGCUCCGCCGGUCUGGCCCAGCCGCCAGGGCGCCAGUCGGUCACGGUCUCAUCCCAUGGUCUCCCGCUCGCAGCCCCAGCCUGCAGCUUUGAGGUCCUCCGGGCGGCCCACCCAGCCCGGGUAGGCAGGAUGGCCCUUCCUGGCUCAGCGCCUCCAGGGCUCUUAUCUACGGGAAAAGAGACCGUACGGGAUGCGGCCAGGCCGGGUGCGCUGCCAGUCCACGCACAAGGCGGUCUCCGCGAGAACCUAGUGCAGGAGAGUGAAGGGGACCAGGUCAUGCUGGAUAACGAAAAGAAAACUGAGAAGGAGGAAUGGAAGCUAAAGCAGGAAAUUUCUGAAGAAACAGGAUCAGGACACCCAGUACAAAUACCCCAUGGAUCUAAAUUCUUAGGACCCAGGGAAAGUGAGAACAGCUUGGAGAGGCAACAGGUAAACUCAGCAGAGCCUGGACUGUUACACUCUUCUUUUGAGAAAAAGGGGUUCAGCCAAGUGAGAAUUACCCUUAAGAAAACCCUUAUAGGAGAGGGAAAGCUUGACAUUAAUAAGAAAGUGAGAGUUUGUGAUCUGACCCCAACCGUUACACAUCAGAGAGUUUCAACAGAGGAACGAACCUAUAGGUGCAAGGCAUGUGGCCAGAGCUUCAAACAGAAGUCAGGACUUACUCAGCAUCAGAAAAUCCAUACCGUAAAGAGAAACUAUUAGUGCAACGAAUGCGGAAAGGUCUUCAGCAGGAGCUCUAACUUGGUUAUACGUCAGAGAAUUCACACGGGAAGGAAACCUUGUUUGUGGUGACUGUGGCAAAGACUUUAGCUGAGCUCCAAUCUCAUGCGACGAAUUCAUACCAAGGAGAAUCCCUAUGAAUGUAAUCAGUGUGAAAGAGCUUUCAGGGGAAGCUCAAACCUUAUCCUGCACCAGAGAAUUCAUAGUGGAGGGAAGCCAUAUGUAUGUAAUGAAUGUGGGAAGGCCUUCAAUCAAAGCUCAGAUCUUAUUAUCCAUCACAGCAUUCACAGUGGAGAGAAACCCUAUGAAUGUAGUGACUGUGGGAAAGCAUUCAGUCAGAGCUCCCAUCUUGUUAACCACCAGAGAAUUCAUACUGGGGAGAAACCCUAUGAAUGCAGCGAAUGUGGAAAAGCCCUCCGGCAGAGUUCCCUUCUUAUUCAGCAUCAAAGAGUCCAUAGUGGAGAGAAACCCUACAAAUGCCCCCAAUAUGGGAAAGCCUUCAGUGGGUGCACAGUUUCUCUUAAACAUCAGAGACUUCAUAUUGGAGAAAAACUUGAAUAUGAGAAAGCCUCCAAUUCAGAUUCAGAACUUAAUGGACAGGAGAGAAUUCACAAGGAAAAGAAAUCUUAUGAAUGUAAUGAAUGUGGAAAAACCUUCCUAGGCAGCUCAGAUCUUACUAGAUAUCAAACAAUUCACACUGGAGAAAAACCUUUUGAAUGCAGUGAAUGUGGAAAGGCCUUCAGCAGGAACUCAGUCCUUAUAGAACAUCAGAGAAUCCAUACAGGUGAGAGGCCUUAUAAAUGCAGUGAAUGUGGGAAAGCCUUUGGGGGGAGCUCUCAACUUAUUCAGCAUCAAAGAAUUCACAGUGGAAAGAAACCCUAUGAAUGCAAUGAAUGUUGCAAGACUUUUAAUCAGAGCUCAGUCCUUAUUUGACAUCACAGGAUUCAUAGUGGAGAAAAGCCCUAUGAAUGUAAUGAAUGUGGAAAAGCCUUCAGAUGGAGCUCAAACCUUGUUAGGCAUCAGAAAAUUCGCACCGGAGAGAAAGUUCAUGAAUGUAAUGAGUAUGGAGAAACUUUCAGUCAGAGCUCGGGUCUUAGCAUCAGAGUCACCACACAGAAUCCCAGGAAGACGGUAAUGAUAAAAUGUCUCUCUCUAUAUAUAUUUGUUUUUAAAUACUGUUGUGUCUACCUUUAGCCAUUGUAACUAUAAUACUUGGAAAAUUCUAAGCUUCUUAAGAGCGAUUUUCAUCUGAUUCAGUUUAGAGUGUUCAGCCUCAGGCUGUGUGCAGAUCUGUCCUUCCUAAACACUUGCCACAAAGACCUUGAUGGGGUAAGCCUUUAAUUACAUUUUCACUCCUUACUUUAUCAUCAGAGGUUCCACACCACAGGGAAAUCUUGCAAAUGGAAAAAAUUGCUUGUAAAGCACCUGCAUCGUCACAAAAUUGUGUCCUCAUGUGUCCUCUUCAGCAGCACCAGGAAUCUAAUAACUUUUCCCAUCUUUUUAUCCAUAAUAUGAACUGUGCCAAGGGAAUAUAAGAUAGGUGUGAUAUCCUGAACUCUAGAAUGAAUGGUUCUUCCUGGGACAGAGUCUAAUCCAAAAGUCUGAAAAUGGUCCUGAUGUUUUCUCAUUAGAAUAAAUGUCAAUAUAUAGAGUAGAUUAGGGAGUUUGAGCUUGUUCUUCCAUUCCUAGUAAAAUCAGAUACAGCAGCAGCUAGUUUACUUAGGAAAAGGAAGUGACUAGUAAAUCAUAGGACAGUUACCUUCUUUCAUAUAAGGGUAGAAGUUGUGAUGAAAUCUCUUCUGUAGGAUUUAAAAGUAUAAUGGCACUUUGGAGUCUGACAUACUGAAAUCCAGUUUCUGUCACUUAAUCUAUGUAAUCUUAGGCAAUUUUUUUUUGCUUCUGAGCCUUGGUUUUCUCAUAUGUAAAAUCAAGAUAACGAUACCUCUCUUGGGCUAUUGUGAAGAUUAAAUGAGACAGUUUUGUUAAGCACUUAGCAAAACUCUAGACACAUAGUAUACAACAAAUGAUAGAUGUUUUUAUCAGUAGUUCCUAUGGGCAAUGAUUAUCUAAGGCAUUUUGAAGGAAAGGAGACAACAUAUUCUCCCAGGCUAAAACCUUCUGGAAAAUUACAUGAUUCUGCCUUUCCUGAUCCUACUUGAAGUCAGAAGGGGCUUGGCUUAGUGUAAGUAAAUGGUAAGGAUUGGGGAAAGUGGGGGUGGGAGGUAUUUAUACAAAUUUUCAAGAAUGCUGUAUCUUUUUUUUUCUUUUUUUUUUUUUUUGUGGUAAGAACCCUCAGCAUGAGAUUUACCCUCUUAACAAAUUUUUAAGUGUAUGACACAGUCUUUUAACUAUAGGCACAGUGUUGUACAGCAGACCCCUAGAACUUACUCAUCUUCCAUAACUGAAACUGCACCUGCCGAAUAGCAACUCCCUAUUUCUCCCUCCCCCCGAACCCCUGGCAACCACCAUUCUACUCUUUGCUUCUGUGACUUUGACUAUUUUAGGUACUUCGUAUAAGUGGAAUCAUGCAGUAUUUGUCCUUCUGUAGGAUGCUGUAUCUUGGAAUAAUAAAGUUAG